UUCAUCAAAAAUGCCAGUUCAACACGCAGGCAAGCCCGAUGCUAUCGAAGACCGCCUUUUCAUCAACGGUGAAUUCGUGCCUUCUAAAUCAGGCAAGAAAUUCAAUGUCUACAACCCGGCCACCGAAGAGUUGAGUGCGUCAAUCUACGAGGCCGACGCAGAAGAUGUCGAUAUUGCCGUUGCUGCCGCAAAGGCAGCCUUCCCAGCCUGGUCUGAGUUGGCCUCGUUGCAGCGUGCUCAUUACCUUGAGCAAUGGGCCGACAAGAUAGAGACGGCUUCCCAGGAGAUGUCUUACUUGGAUGCGAUCAGCAUGGGAAAGCCUGCCUACCCAGACCAGCUCGCUCAUAUGGUGCCGGCCAUCAUCCGAUUCUUUGCCCACAAAGCCCUUGAUAUCACGGGUGAAUCCUCGCUCAACACCGCCAACUUCAUUAACAUUAGUCUGCGUCAGCCUUAUGGCGUUUGCGGGGCCAUCGUUCCGUGGAACGCCCCUCUUAUGUUUACAGCCUACAAAGUCGCUGCGGCUCUUAUCACCGGCAACACCAUCGUGCUCAAAUCUUCGGAAAAGGCGCCGUUGAGCUGUCUGGUUGCUGCACGCUGUGCCAAGGAAGCCGGCAUUCCCGCUGGUGUGGUCAACAUUCUCAGCGGCUUUGGUCAGCCCUGCGGAGAAGCUAUUGCGAGACACAUGGAGAUUCGCAAGAUUUCAUUCACUGGCUCGACCAAUACUGGCCGCGCAAUCCAGAAGGCUGCUGCUGAAACGAACUUGAAGAGCGUUUCCUUGGAGCUUGGCGGCAAGAGCCCCAUUGUCGUCUUCGAUGAUGCGGACUUGUCGAAAGCUGUGCCUGCCUCAGCCAUCUCAAUUCUCAUGAACUCGGGACAGGUCUGCAAUGCCAGCUCUCGUGUCUAUGUCCAUGAGAGCGUUGCCGAAGAGUUCAUCAAUAGUUUCAAGGCGACCAUGAGCCUGAUGGGGAAGAGCGGAGACCCCUUGGCAGAAGGCACAAUGCGCGGUCCGCAAGUCGACAAGCUGCAGUUUGACCGCAUCAUGACUUUCCUUGACCAAGCCAAGAAACCAGAGUCCGGCGUGACAGUCGCGCUCGGCGGCAACCGUGAGGGUGACAAGGGUUACUUCAUUGAGCCGACUAUCCUCACAGCAGUCCCUGAGGACUCGAAACUGGUCAAGGAAGAGAUCUUCGGUCCCGUCAUGAUCGUCAACACCUUCAAAGACGAGGACGAGGCUCUGAAGAAGGCCAAUGACACCGAGUAUGGGCUCUAUGCUAGCGUGUUCACGAAAGACGUUACCCGAGCGAUGCGCGUAGCGAAGAAGCUUGAGGCUGGUGCAGUCGCUGUGAAUUGUACAAGCCCGACAAUGGCUUUCGACAUGCCGUUCGGGGGUUGGAAGGGAAGUGGCGAGGGCCGUGAAUUCAGCCGUUAUGCGACCGACUACUGGACUGAGUUGAAGGCUGUAUACAUAGCGUUGUGAUUUUGGCUUGAACAGUGAGAUUUAUAGAUUAGAGGCUGGAU